AUGACCCCUGAUUGCUUGACUACAGAUUUACCUUUGACCAUAACCUGGGCAGAGGUGAAGGACCCACCUUUGAGCCGCAUUCUCUCCCUCAGCAGUUUUAUCCUCUGGGUCGCAGAGCAGGACUGCCCCUGGUCUCUGGACAUUACACAGGAGCCCUCCUCCAGCUGUGAUGAGCGGCUGCAGCUGCUGCUUCAUGGGGCCCGGUCGCAGAUAGAAGCUCAGCGGCUCUCCCUGCUCACUCACGAACAAGCUCUGUGGUUGAGGUGA